UAUUACGUCAUUUUUCCGCGACAGAAGUAUCUGUCAACAACAGAGCCCGGUCGGAGACCCUCGUUAAAUCUCUGGCUUGAUCUCUAGGAGUAAAACGUUGAAGGCUAACAUGAGUGGAGGGUUGGCACCGAGUAAGAGCACUGUCUACGUAUCCAAUUUGCCCUUUUCCUUGACCAACAGUGAUCUGCACAAGCUAUUUACCAAGUAUGGAAAAGUUGUCAAGGUGACGAUUGUAAAGGACAAGGAGACUCGGAGAAGUAAAGGUGUGGCUUUCGUACUUUUCCUGGACAAGGAGUCGGCGCACAAUUGUGCAAGGUCAAUAAACAACAAGCAGCUGUUUGGAAGAACUGUGAAAGCCAGUAUCGCUAUUGACAACGGAAGGACCACAGAGUUCAUCAGGAGGCGUAACUACACAGACAAAACUAAGUGCUAUGAAUGUGGUGACGUUGGUCACCUAAGCUAUGCGUGUCCUAAAAAUGUGCUGGGAGAGAGAGAUCCGCCAAAGAAGAAGGAGAAGAAGAAGAAAAAGAAGGUGGAGGAGCCCGAGGACAUUAUUGAGGAGGAGAGUGAAGAGGAAGGAGAAGACCCUGCUCUUGACAGCCUAAGCCAAGCCAUCGCGUUCCAGCAAGCUCGGAUGGACGAAGAGCACAAGCGCAAGCGGGCCGCGGAGGAAGCGGAGCACCCAUCGACGUCCGACGAGUCGAGGAAGCCCCGGAUUAAAAAGAGCGCUUAUUUCAGCGAUGAGGAGGAGCUCAGUGACUGACGCCUCUGCGUCGGUCUGCGGCAGGGGUGUCAAACUCCAGUCCUGGAGGGCCUCAGCGUCUGCUGGUGUUUGUGGUUUCAGCGGCCAAUUAAGGCCUUGAGAACAAGGUGUGCAGAUUCUUUAGCCAAUGAAAGACUUGAAAUGUAUCUCUCGUGCUGACACACACCGAAAACCAGCAGACACCGCGGCCCUCCAGAAGUGGAGUUUGACACCCCUGGUCUGCGGCAAGAUCAUCUGGAAACAUAUGGGUGGUUUUGAAUUUGUAAGGAAUACAUAAAUGGGUCUUGCGGUAACACAAAAGCGAUUUGUAUAAAAUUGAAAAGUUCUCCUGUAUUUUGCGUCCCCUCAGCAAUAGGAAACUGAACCAGAACUCUAGGUUUGUUCUUUUCUAAUUUUUAUUUUUUUUAUUUUAUUUUAUUUGCACUGUGUAAAUAUUCUGAAAUGCUACGGAUACCUGCUGGGUUCUGUCCAAUUGUAAGUUUUGUAAUAAAAUGAUAAAUUCA